CAGGCACCCCCUUGGUGGCCUCCACGGUCUCACCUUCAGACUUACAGGUCCUGCCUCCCAGGCUCAAAGCUGGCUCCGUGGGGGACACAGUGACAUGAGAGGCAUACCACAGACCCACCUCCUGGCCUUCUCCUUCCUCUGCCUCCUCUCAAAGGUGUGUGCCCAGCUGUGCCCAACACCGUGUGCCUGCCCCUGGCCACCACCCCAAUGCCCAGUGGGGGUGCCCCUGGUGCUGGACGGCUGCAACUGCUGCCGGGUAUGUGCACGGCGGCUCGGGGAGCCCUGCGACCAUCUCCACGUCUGUGACCCCAGCCAGGACCUGGUCUGCCAGCUCGGGGCGGGCCCUGGUGGCCAGGGGUCCGUGUGCCUCUGGGCAGCGGAUGACGGGGGCUGUGAGCUGAACGGCCGCGUGUUCCGGGACGGGGAGACCUUCCAGCCCCACUGCAGGAUCCGCUGCCGCUGCGAGGACGGCGGCUUCACCUGCGUGCCCCUGUGCAGCGAGGACGUCCGGCUGCCCAGCUGGGACUGCCCCCGCCCCAGGAGGGCUGAGGUGCCCGGCAGGUGCUGCCCUGAGUGGGUGUGCGACCAGGCAGGGGGCUUGGCGGCCCAGCCUCUCCUCGGCCAAGGACUCCAACCUUCUGGCCUUGUUGCUCCCCCUGUUCCUGCGGUCCCUUGCCCAGAAUGGAGCACAGCUUGGGGCCCUUGCUCGACCACCUGUGGACUAGGUGUGACUAGCCGGGUAUCCAACCAGAAUCCCUUCUGCCGACUGGAGACGCAGCGCCGCCUGUGCCUGCCUGGGCCCUGCCCACCUGCCAGGGGCCACCACCCACCACGCAGUUCCUUUUAGAGCCGGGC